CUUCUAUCCUCUUUUUCAUUAAAAACACUCAUUGAAAGAGAUAUUGUUGUUAGAUCUACCAUUUCCUGUAACAGUCGAUUGCAUCUCGGACCUUUGAUCGAAUUAACACCACGUUGGCAUAGAAGCUCCGGCUCUAGGCCGUGUUCCCAGAGCAUCAACCUUGUACUUUCCCAAGUGCUCAAGAUUGUGGACAUCGCUUGCAUCAGAAUCACCUCCUUCGUCAUAGAAUGCACCGAAUCUGGCCUGGACUUCUCUUCUUGUGCUUCAAUCAGCACAUGAUAUUGGUUCCGCCGAAUGGUUGAAGUAAUGGCUACCAAUCUUGAUUACCCCAGCAAUUGCGCCACCAAUGUGUAUACUCUUAAUGACUUUGGCGAGAUAGCAUACAUCGUAUGUACGGUCGCAACUCCGCCUACACAAGACCCAGCAGCAUUUACAUCGACACCGGAGGCCACCCUAGCACGGCUCCGGAGAACUGAACGUCAAUUCAGGGAAGCUUCUAUUCUUGCUGCCCUUGACGUUGAUAAUCGUCAGCUAUUUACCUUUUACAAAAAGGUCGACAUUGCAAACGCAAAGGAUCAAAAGACCUUGCUGACAAAAUUCGGUUAUGUCCUUCGUAGCAAUACCUGCACGAUCGCUUAUAAAACGGCCGCCCGCUUGCCAGAUUUGAUGAAGCCGGACCAAGCACGGUUGUACCGUUUAUUCACGACCGCCAUCAUCUCGAGCAUCAAGCUCCUUCCCAAUGGUGAUUCGACACUACAGCCGUUCGGCCCGAAGCUUUACAUUGUUAGGCGGGGUGAGUCUGAUACCGAAGUUGAUCACUUUGAGCCAAGAAACAUCUGGACUCUUUACAGAAUAGAUGUACAAGUCAUUCCGAGCGGCCAGAUCGUUCUGACUAUUCUGAAAGAACGCCACCACGUAUUUCGUCGGGUUCUUGAUCUUGGAAAAGAACUUGAGCUCGAGCGAAGUGCAAUUCCAUGCAACUACCCUGUUUAUUUGGCACCUCUAGGGCGUGUGGCUCGCUUAACGAGCAAUGCAAAUGGUGCUACGUCAACAAUCCUCAACUACGAUGAAGGACAGGAUGCUGUUCCUAGCCAUGAAGUCGCCCCUGAGAAGGAGCUAUGGAAAGAGGUACUCCCGGCAUGGCUGAGCGAGCAUACAAAUAUAACUCUGGACCAUGGGAAUGUUACGUGGGUGGAAGUGCAAGUCGCAGUUCACGAUGUUGAACCGUCUCCAGCAGACAACACCACUGCUUCAAGCCCACCGAGUAGCAAAUUAGGGUCAAUCUCGUGGAAAACUCUAUUAUGGCCUUCUAGUCUCUGCUUUACCCUGGACAAAGGACGUACUGGACUGGCCGAAACUUUCGGUGGUAACCAGGAUCCUAUUCGGUUUGUUCGAGACUGGCUGGUCGGCACUUUCAGCGACAACUCCAACGUCAAUGCACAAAGUCACGUCCCCAACAUGACUGAUUCUGAUGAUGAUGAGCCACUUUUUGCAGAGACUGGCACAUUUGAUGAUCCAGAUCAUUUUCAGCCCUUUGGGCCACCGGCUUUUCCAGCCAGCCAGGCUGUAUAUCCAACUCCGCCAGACGCCGUCAUGACACAUGCCACGCCUGGAUUCUCUUCCUUGGACGGGCUCGCAAUGACUCCGGCCAAUCUGCCCGGAAAGGUGUCAGAUUUCAUGCGACGUUCUGAUGUAGAAAUGCAGGACUUUGACGGAAUGAACAACGAUGGCGCCAUGAGUGGUUAUUACGACGAAGAUCUCUUCGAGGAGAUGACGGAGGAUCAAUUCGAACAAGGCAACGCAGCCGACGAACCAAACUGGGAUUUUUUUGAUCGUCCUGGAGUUGAUCUUAAACCAAGGUCGGCGGAGGAUGCGGGCGUGAAGGAUGCCGAUACUGCAAUGCAUGAUAUUGGUGACAACAAUGACUCCAAAGUACCAUUACAUGAGAAUGUGAAUGAUGAGAAGUACACAGAGCAGUCUGGCGUACUAAUCUCGCCUUCAGAAAGGAUUGAUUACCAUCAAUCUCUGGGUCCGACGGACCAAACCGAGAUGGUUGGGUCCAGUGAAACUGGUAAUCUUGAGCGCGUUAAGCUGCAGACAACGCAGGCGGCGGCAUUGGAUGGCGGGCAAUAUAAAUCUAGAACAACGGCUGCUCGUCGUCGGUCGAGCAUCUACGAAGAGGUCCGGCCACCUGGAAGAUCGUCUCACCAUGAUGACAAGUAUACUGCCAACGGUGGAUUCUGGUUCGAUCCUAAUCCGGUAGCUGUCUCUACUAACUCCUCGCUCAAGCUUUUGUCGGUAAUACAACGCUCGGCAUCAAGCUCCUCCGAGGAUGACGAAUCAAGUGACGGUGAUUCUUCUUCGCCAAAUCAAAUAUCCAGUGGCAGAAAAGCACUCGUUCCUUCACGCGCAUGGACAGAGUAUCAUCCAGGAUCUCCAAUGACCGUGACCCAUCAAAAUGAGUAUGACAAGGCCACAGCUGAGACAGACAUCAGACAGCUACUCGAAGUUCUCAAACCUGUUGCGAUACAACCCACACCUAUCAUAGAUAUCCGUACGACGAAUCAUGUCUUCCGACCCGAUGAGACGCUCGAUCAGAACCUUCUACAAAUUGCCCAGAUCUUGGUGGAUCAGGUCUCUCAGACUUCUUUGAUCUCUCAUGCAGAUCAAGACAACAAGCACAAAGUACUAACCGACGACCAUAUCGACAUUAUUGCCGAUCUUGGAGUGCUCGGUAGCUCUUCAAGCCCCAUGACUCUCUCUCAGCUAGUCUUGAUGAAAGCAGACACUCCCAAUGUGAGACCCCAAGGGAAGAUUUCCAAGUUGCAACCGAACCAGGUUCGCAUGAAACGCGCCGAUCAGCCACUUGUGGCUUCUUUGCCAAUCCUGAGUUUCUGGGAUACUCUGAAUCUACAACCUGCUCACGGCCUCAAAGACGCCAUAGCCUUUUGCGUCCAUCCCGAAGGUGAAGAUGUGGCAGACGGUUGCUCAAACCUUUUGCAGAGAAUGUCCGAUACGUACAACACCUGUGCACUAGGACUACAUACUGUGGGUCGCCUCAGUGGCAUGGCUGGUGACGGGAGAGUUUCGUAUUACAGCACAGCAGAGGCAUCAUCAAAUGUCCGUCAAGUUUGUCAAAAGAUGGGAAGCACGCUAGCAGCAGCUAGUGAUCUGACCGGCACAGUGCUCAUAUACAUGAUAAGUCAAGACGACAGUCCGGCCGCGUAUCUUGAGAUGUGUAAGGCUUUCAAUUGCCUAUUCGAAUCAUUUGCAGCCAAUACGGAUAGGAAGAGUAUUACGGAUAUGGCGUUGCAAAUAAUCCCCAGGAGUUUCGUGGCCAGCCCCGCGUCGCUGGUUGUGCCCCCUCAAGCAGCAUACCUGAAGCUGGCUCUCGAGGUGUACAAUCGACUACCGCCAAUAGAUAAUAGUCGUUCACCGGCCGCAUGCGAUGCUGCCAUUACUUUGGCAAAGGUGGAGAAUCCUGUUCAUCUGCAGCUUGCCUCAACUUUCGCUUCCCCACUAUCUAACAAUGGCGAUUAUCUUCAUCUUGCGUACUCGAUGACCCCCGACGGCCGGUGGAUCGCGGCGGCGUGGACAGAUGAACAAGGACGUAUAUCCCUCAGCAUGUCGUACUGUACCCGCUGGAAGGACUCGCGCCAGGUACGACCGCGACAAGAAAUCUUCAAGGAAAUGUGGCUUGUCUCUCAUGAUCUCAUGGGCAAGAAUAGGGGACUGUGGCGUCUCGCCAUUGUCAAACACGGCUUCUACAUGCCUCUGGAGCUGCAGGAAUGGCGUCAGGUCUUUGAGAGUUCAACAACAACCCAGAAACGGUGUUCGCCCAUGCUUCUCUCAGCACAUCUCGAAUCCAUGGUGAAGGUGUUCCCGCGUACAAUCACGGGCAAGUUGGUGCAGACGGGACAAAACGUGUUUGGCACUCCUGUGUCAACCCCACAAGCAGGAGUGACGUCGCCCGAUCAGCAUAUUCCCGCGACACCUACUCCUGGUGGUACUGCCGUGAUUAAUGCUCCCACGCCUCCAGAACCUGGCUUGGAUCCCAAUGUUGAACUUGACCUUACUCUGCUGGACCCUGCCGAGGAAAGUUGGGGGAUUAUCCUACCGUACGGGUUGAAUCAAUCGAAGAACAUGAUCGAAAUAAGGCCAGCGGUAGUGAGUGCUGUAUUGCUUAAGCGACGAGGCCCGAAAAUUGAGGAGGGAUUCAAUUCACUCGAAAUCAGUCUUGUGUAUUUAGCAUCCCAAGCAGCGGUCGGUUUCGGUCAGACCGCGCCGGACGAUUUGUUGGAGGAUGUCAUCAAACAAUAUCGGGGUCUUCUGACGUUAGGAGUAUCGCGAGGAUGUGUCGAUCCGUUGAAGGAAAGUCUUCCGUGGCAUGUCGCGACUGUGGCCCGAGGAAGCAGAGCACUGGGAGAGGUUCUAUGAUGACGUGGGAUGUACUACGUAUAGAGAGCUCGAUCGAAAGACAGGGUCUAUGAAAGUCCACGAGGUCCAAAGGCCCUCUUUCUCGGUAUAGUAUAAACAGUCAACAGCUAACAACCAACUAAUGAGGUAAUGAAAACUAUGGUCACG